GAGAGAGAGAGACGCUGACUAGAGUCCAGAGGAAGCUGCUGCCUAUCUCUCUCCCUCUCUUUGCUUGCCGGGUGAAGUAAGUUGCAUAGUGCGUGCAUUAGCACAGUUGAACAAUAAAGAUCAUAAGCAUGGAGUCUGAGAUGGCAGUACAUGAUGGUGGGUGCCACUGCAAGAAUGUAAGAUGGCGAGUUCAAGCACCUGCUAAGGUUGUGGCUUGGAGUUGCAACUGUUCGAAUUGCUCUAUGAGGGGUAACACACAUUUCAUUGUCCCUUCCGAAAGAUUUGAACUUUUGGGUAAUUCUGAACAGUUUCUUACAACUUAUAGCUUCGGUACUCACACGGCAAAGCAUACUUUCUGUAAGGUCUGUGGGAUAACUUCGUUUUAUUAUCCGCGCUCAAACCCUGAUGGGGUUGCCAUCACAUAUAAAUGUGUUGAUCCUGGAACACUAACCUACGUUGAGGUUAAGUAUUUUGAUGGGAAAAAUUGGGAGAACUCCUACAACCAGUCGAACAUCGCUUCGCAGUCAAAGGUAGACUCUGGGAACUAAAGGGAUGAAGAAUGCUACAAGUUGAAAUCUUUUCAUUUCAACAAAUAAGAUUUUCAUGAAACUUGUAUAUAUGUUGCUUGGAGUUGGAAGGUUGAAGUACAUUGUUCAGUCAUUGUAUGAUGACUACUAUGUAACAGUAGUGAUUUUCCUCUUGUUUUGUUUUUGUUACUAUAUUCAAUGCAGAUCCUUUGGUAGUUGUUGAUUUGU